CUCUCCGUCGUGCUUUUCCCCGCGCAGUCAUUGCAACAUCCGUUCAAUGGCUGGUGGACAAGAAAAAUGGUAUUUUACAAAAGAUCAGCUACAGAAUUCACCAAGCAGAAAAUGCGGUUUAGAUGCAGAUAAGGAACUUGCCUACCGGCAGCAGGCCGCAAACCUCAUCCAGGAUAUGGGCCAGAGGCUUCAAGUGUCUCAACUAUGCAUCAACACUGCCAUUGUUUACAUGCACCGGUUCUAUGCGUUUCACUCGUUCACACAGUUCCACAGGAAUGCCAUUGCUGCUGCAGCCCUGUUCCUCGCCGCCAAGGUCGAAGAACAGCCAAGGAAACUAGAAUACGUAAUAAAGGUGGCCCACGUCUGCCUCCACAGAGGUGAGGGUGUCAGUCAGUCGAUCACGACCGAACAGUACCAAGAACAGGCUCAAGACCUCGUAUUCAACGAGAACGUUCUCCUACAAACAUUAGGGUUCGAUGUCGCCAUUGAUCACCCACACACGCAUGUUGUUCGCACGUGUCACCUUGUCAAAGCGCCCAAAGACCUUGCCCAGACGUCGUACUUUAUGGCAUCGAACAGCCUCCAUUUGACGACGAUGUGCCUUCAAUACCGACCCACUGUGGUCGCGUGCUUCUGCAUACAUCUCGCGUCCAAGUGGAGUAAUUGGGCGAUUCCUCAGUCGAACGAAGGCCGGCACUGGUUUUCCUAUGUGGACCGGAAUGUAACCACAGAACUACUGGAGCGGCUGACCGCAGAGUUCCUGCAUAUAUUCGACAAGUGCCCAUCUAGACUGAAACGAAAGAUGAUGUCCAUGACCAACAAUAGCGGCAGUUCGCCGCACUCCAACGCUGUCCACGCGGGUAGCUCGUCGGGCGACAAGAAACACGCGCCGCCGCCGUCUAUGAGCGACGACUUCGACAAGUCCUUUGAUAAAGAAUACGAGCGCGAAAGGCGCCGGCAACCCGUCCCGGGCGGCUAUGUGCCAGCCACCACACCUGCCGCGCCAGCCGCGUCUGCCCCCCAGAAGAUAGAUUACAACCUAUACCGGGAGAGGAGAGAGGAACGGGAGAGGCGCGAGGAGAGGGACCGCAGGCAGCUCGCACAACGACCCCCCACGCAACCCAGGCCAGCCCAACCACCACCCCACCAUAGACCACCCACCCAACACCACAAACCACACCACGCCUGGCCCCACCACGCCAAACCACCACACCACGCGAAACCCCCACAUACAAACGAUCACAGACACCACAGACCGCCUGUACCCACUCCUGGCACCUCCAACCCCCCACAAAAUCUCCCCCAACAACCCACAGAACCACCUCAAAGGACGCGACCCCCUUCGUUGUUCUCUCCAGAAAACGCAACAACCCCUAUCGCAGCCGCCACCGCGCCUAGACGACCCCAAAUCCCACCCCCUCACAGACCUAAGCCAGAAAUCAGGCCGAACCCCCCUACUGCCGCCCCCGCCCCCCAAAUACCACAACCCACCCCUGUCCAACCUGAACAGAAACCUCCCAGUCCCAAAAAAAGACCGGAUCCUUCCCUCGCGUUGCGAGACUUGCAACCGCCCGCCAUUCUUUCCCCGUUCAACUCCCCUCCUUCUAAAGAACAAAAACCGAGGCAGAGAGCUCAGUCCAACUCCGAACCUGAAUUGGUGCCUGUUGUCAAAAAACUAGACGAGACUCCGGGCUACGAAAACGUCAUCAGAGACUCGCAGCGAGGCAACGCCAUCCGGACGAAGGCGCCCGAAAGAAAACCGGAGCCGACCCGAGCCAUGAACGGCAUAGAAACAGAUCCGACGUUAGUUUCGAACUUGCUCAAAGAAAGCCUGGCGAAACCCGCCCCUAUUACUGUGGCCACAGAGAAAAAGUCGCCCGAAAUCAAAAAGGAGGUCGUCGAACCGCCCGCGCCCCUCCCGCCGCCGCCGCAACCAGAAAUACCUCCCCCCGCCCCCCAAAACGUAGAAGUAGAACACAAGCCUAAGAAAGAUAAGAAAAAGAAAGACAAACACAAACACAAAGAUAAAGACAAAAGCAAAGAUAAAGAAGAGAGAAAGAAACACAAAAAGGACAAGGACAGAGAAAAGAAGAAAAGUCCCGCGCCUGUACCGGAGCCGCCGUCAGACGGGACGCUCAGGAUAACGAUACCCCGGGACAAACUGUCCCGGAGUCCGGGACUCAAGAUCAAGAUCCCGAAAGAGAGGCUGGCCGCCCCGCCGCCGCCGCCGCAGUCUUCGGGACUCAAAAUCAAGAUUUCUAAAGAAGUUCUCGAAACGUCGAGGAAGCGUAGCGGGAACGGCGAACCCGGACCGCCCCCGAAGGUGCCUCGGCAGAACGGAGCGCCCCUCCCAAAGGUGGUCGAGCCAACGGAGAAGUGACGUCAUGACGACAACAGCGGCGGUAAUAGCGUCUCGUGUGUCGACGUUCCUCCGGAUCUUACGGACCUCACUAGCAUAGUGUAAUAACGGUUUUUUUUCCACUUGUUAUUUUUUUGUUUUUUAUUCCCCCCAUCUAGUCCGGUUUUGGCUCUAAUCGACGGCCGUGUGUAUAAUUGGAUGUAUAUAUUUUAGAUAUAGAUGUCGCUGAUUUUAUUAAUAUUAAAUUAUCACGUUAGGUGUGCAAUAAAUCGGUUUAAUGUACGGUUCGCUGGAUGUCGUAAGCAAUAAAAAUUUUAGUAAUUAAUGAAUUUAAAAUUAUAAAUGUAUGUUAAGCGCUUUCGACUGAGAAUUAUAGUGCAAUGCAUUUAUGUGGAAAAUUGAGUGCAAAUCGGUGUGCAUUAGCUGAAGCCCUGUGUAGGCAUAUCAACGUGUGCACGUGCAUAAUAGUGCACGGAAUAGGUUGACAACAACUAAAACAGUGAUUUCAAACCGUGUAUCCUAGUUGUGAACAAGCUAAAAUUCUAAAAAACAAUAUAUUUUAUAUUAUUAUAGAUACAGAUAAUAAUGUAACACUGCCUACAAAAGUUAUAUGAUAUUGAAGAAUAUAAAGUAAUUAUAAAAUAAUAUUAUAUUAAGUUUUAAGUUCUCUGUGUAAUUGUCAACCUCUCCAUUGCACCUUGUAGAGAUAGAAAUGUAGUAACGCUAAAUUCAACUGAAAAAACCAAGUCAUCGAUCAUGUCAAAAUUAUUUAACCUAAAUUAUAUAACAGCCUUAAUGAUGACUUGGUUAAUAUUUGGCGUAUACAAAAGCUAUGUGUCGAAAUGACUAAGUGGGAACACGCCGGAUUGAUACAAAGCUGAUGUUAGCUUAUAAAUAUUAGAGCCAAAACCGGACUAAGGUUGUGUGAAAUCGCGGAGGCAAGGUGCAGGACGCUAGCUACUUAACAAAAGGCUACCGACGCCCUACCCUAAGGGCACACGAUUGACCAAUUUAAAACCUAGACAUAUACACAUGAUCAAGCGAUUUUUUUCUGACACUGAUCAAUUGUAUACACACGAUCAGUUUGACAAAACCAUGCUGUUCAAUUGGUCGAGUUAUUUUAUAUUUUUUAACUUGGUCAAGCGUGAGUGUUCCCUUUUAAGCGCUUGUCUAAUAAUAUAUAUAUCAAUGAUAUAUUUAAUUCAUUAUGACCACACGUAGGAUGUUUCUUGCAAGUUAUUGGUCAUUGAACAUAAUUGAACUGUCAUACGGGUCAAAUAAAAAAAAAAUAUCGAUAUAGUUUCUAGUAACAUCUUUAAGUUAGUUGUAAGAAGUUUUCAUUUAGUUUUUUAAAAUAUAUAUUUGUUCAAUAUCAACCGCUGCAAGGGACAGUCUUUAGUUGAUUUUUAUGUUUUUGGAUCGAAACCAAAUGAGAGAAUAGCAUUAAAAUAGUAUGUUAAGCUAUGUUCUGCAUUUUAUUUACUUCACGAGUACUUUUUUUAAAUUCUUCUAUAAUAAUAACUAAAAAUAUACUAAUUCCUAUACAAAACUUAACACUAUAAAAUAAUAUAAAUAUUUACACACAAUCUUCCUUGUAAAAAAUAUCCAAUUCCAGAUCCAUUAAAAUUUAGGUAAAAUAAAUUAAUAAAACAGUAUUUUAGAUCAAAAUAGAUAGACAAAACUGAACAACGAAGAAUAUAUCAUUGGUAUAUUUCCUUCACAGGCGGUGGACCAACAAUGUGUAAACAAAAAAAAACUUAAAUAGGUAAAAAAUUAAAAAUACCGUUAUUGGUUCACCCCCUACUUCAAGACUUGAUGUGGUGAGAUUGUUUUUAAGUAAUUAAUGUAAGUUAAUAUGUCGUCAGCAUAGAUUUGUUAGUUAUUUCGUCACCUGUCUUUGCUGGCUAGCCUCCCUGGCUUAAUUUAGAUAGCAUUUUGUUUCAAUUAAAUGAGUAAAAGCUUGAGACCUCGUCAAUAUUAUGGUUGAAUUUUAAUUCUGCAAAAAAUGACUUAUAAUAACUUAAUUGGUGAAAAUGUAUCCAUUUUGACCAAUUUCAAUGUGGUCCUUUUUUGCAAAAUUCAGCCGAAUGUAGAUUAAGAAUUACGAAAAACUAAGUUUCUAUAAAGUUAUGUGUUAAGACAGUUAUUUUUGUACGUUAAAAUAAAUCUUAUCUAUUUGAUAAAACCGAUUUAGUUUUUAUUAGUGAAAUUGACAAGACACAAUUGUUGAAGCGCUAUGCUUCGAGGAUGGACGGAAACAAAAAAAAACUUAGUAGUAGCAGAAGUGAUUUCAUUUUUAACACACGAUUAAGAAUUACUUUUAAUUUAGAUGUAGCUUUUCGUUAUAAUACAAGUCUGUUAUGUUCAUUAUAAGAUAGCGUAGGGUGUAUAUAUUUUGUAUAAAUGAAGGGAUAUGGUUAUUGCAUUCGUCCGCUAGCGUUCAAAGCACCGAUACAUCUGAAAUGGAAUAAGCGCUCGGUUUCGUCAUUUGCAACAUAAAAUGUGUUCUAUUUUCACUAUCAAUACGUUCUAUAAUUGCGUGUACGGAUUUGAAAUAUCUAACGUUUCAUGCUGCAAGUGACGCGUAAAGACAGGGGCUUUAUUGAAAAUUAUAGAAGCCAUUUUAGAAUUCCGCCGCCGAACAAAUAUUAUAAACUUAGUCAAUGUAUUUAUUGAAGAAACUUUGUAUAAUAACUAUAAUUGAUGCUGAUAGACGGCCACGUUUCUUAAUGAGAAAAAAAAUGUGAUAUAAUGUUUCGACUCAGGUAUGUAACGGUUGUAAACUAAUGUUGUUGUAUAUGUGUAUACGUAAUAUUUAAUUUCGGAGAUAAGCUAAAUGCAUACAAAUCGACUUAACCUAAGUUUCUCAUCUCUUAAUACAUUUGAUUCAGCUUUAAAAUCACAUGAUUAAAGUACGUGGUCUUCCGGGCAAUGUAACGAAUUAACAAAUAUUUAGGUAUUGUAGGAGACAUUAAAAAAAAGCGAUAGAAAUGUAUUUGCAAUACUUUAAUUAACCUCAAACGUUGUAUUUGCCUGAAGCCUACCAGACAAAUCGUCGAGUAAAAGUUUGAUCAAAUUAUUAUUAGAAGAGAAACCAGGUUCAGCAUUGCACGAUAUCCAUUUACAAAGCUUCAAAACCAAGCUUACUAAAAUAAGCGAUAUUGCAAUGUUGUCGUCAGAUAACCCACAAUUUUAUCCACUAGAUAGUCUAGUUACUGACGAAAACAAAUCCAAUGCAAUAAUGUAGUUAGGAAAAUUUAUAAAAUGUUAGAUAUAGUGAUUUUAAGACAAGUUUUUAGUGCUACAGAAAUUAUAAAAGCGAGUUAUUCUAAACGUUUCGCUACUGUGGAUAAAAUUGUGGUGGACAAGUAUAGAUCACGCCAAUGGGUUCUAGCAGAUGGAAAUGGAAAAUCAAAUGGCUAAACUAGUCUAUAUUACAUUAAUAUGUAUCGACCUUUUAGUCAAAUAAUACACCUUUCGAAUUUCUAUGUGCAGAAUACGCGAUCUUUUUCCUAAAUAAUAGCCUUUUGCACUGUUCUAGUAUAUCUCCUUGUUUAUCUAGACGAUGUUGUGGUUGUUAGGCGCGGCAUGGGUGAACUCUUGGUUCCAACUUUAGUUGAAUGUCCAACGUUAAAUAUAACAAUUAAUUCAUAGUUUUUAUAUUCUUUGCAUUUCCUAUUUAGUGGUUAAUCGAUUUAGACGUGAGAAACUAUAAAAUGAACUUUUUGUGUGACUUUAUAAAGAUCAUUAUGGUAUUAUACAUUAUUGGAUUUAAAACUGUAAAUUAUUUAGUGCUUUUGUUUCUAUAUUUUUUGUGUAAGAACUUUAUUUUUAAGGAUUUUAGUCAAAUAAUAGUUUUUAAGUCAUAUUUUCAUAAUUUAAAGUUCAAAAAAAUUUAAAAAGUUUCUUAGUUUACGUUACUUAUUAGGAAUACUUGAAUCAGAUUUGGCACCAUUGAGUUCGCCCAUAUGUUAGUCCAAUGGAUAGCUGGUAUAUGCGUAGACUGACAUAAUGCUUUCAACUAUCAAUUAACAACUAUUUUGACAUAAAUACGUUUAAAAAUAGUUUUUAAUGAAUAGAGUAUUCUUGAUAAGGUUAAAUUGAAGAAAUGUCCGUAAAUACACACUGCCCUGAAUGAAUAUACCGCUUUUGGCUUUAACCAUUGUGUGGUCUAAUAAAAUACAAUGUUUUAGACCUUAAGAAAAAGCGUUAAGGUUCAAAUUAAUAUAUAUAAAGGUUACUUGGGCAGUAUAUCGUGUCUUAAAUGUUCGUCUAGCAUAUUCUAAGCUAUCGAUAGUUUAUGCGUCUGUUUAUGAAUUUACUUAGAGGGUUUUUCACUAUAAAAAUAAAAAUUUAAAUAUUUAUGUAAAAAAAAAAUUCGUGUUCGUUUUGCCUCAUAAUCACUAGCUUCUAUCGGUUCACGUGAGAUAUUUAUGUUGUUUCAAUUCAAAUUAAGUACAUGGUUUAGGGGGCUAUAAUUUGAGAUUGAAUUGUGCUUUAAUAAAUCUUUAGCUAGACGGGUAAUAGAAUAUAUCGAUAAUAUUUGACGUACAUCUGUGGUAUUUUGUUGGUCGAGUACCUAGCAGACUAGUUUUAAAUGCCAAAUUUUCGCAAUUUAUUUUGACAUUUAAAUUAACGACAUAAAGUUCAAAAUGCAUUGCAGAAAUCGUCCUUAAAAAGUAGGCUGUUUUACUAGGGACUAAAGUUAGUACCACAGGUGUUGAUCAAGUUUAAACAACAAUAACGUUGUCAAUUGUUGAGAGAGAAUAUUUUAUAUUAGUAGUUUUCUUAAUCACUCAAACAAUAAUGUAGCACUUUUUGGUCUCAAAUUAUAUAAAAAUUGACAUCUAGUUAGUCGUGUUUCGUGUUCUUUAAAUUUAAAUGUUGACUUUCAAUCUAUUGAGAAAGACUCGUUUUAGGGUUGAUUGAGAAAUUAUCCUUUCUAUCUAUCUAAAAGGCAUUACUUUAUCUAAACGAAAGAACUAUCACCGAAACAUUAUUUUUUAUUUAUCGUUUGGAGUGUAAUCAACAAAAUAUUUUAAACUGUAGUUUUCAAAAGAUGAUAAACAUCGAUCUUAUAAAGACAAUUUGUCGUUUAUUUUUAUUUGUUUACAAGAACUUGAUCAAAAAUAUGUCUGUUAAGGUAAAAUAGGUAUUAUUGGAUUCAGAUUCUUAUGUAUUUUUCUCUCCUUGUUAAAAAACAAAAUUGAUUUUGAGAUGUCAUCCGUUGUCGUUGAUCUUUAUUGACGUGAAUACAAAGAAAAAAAAAAUGGCAAAAUAUGUAAUGUUUUCGUUUCGGGCGUUUUUCUGUUUUUGUAUGGUCGAUGUAUAUUAUUUCUUGACAGCUACUAUAGUAUGUAUUAUAUUGUAUUGAAAUAUAAAGCUUGUGCUCUCAUUGUAUUGUAACAUUGGCAUAUGAAAGACUGAUUAAUAAAUAUAUUAAGAACAAUA